AUGUUAUUCUCUAUUGAAACUCUUAAAGCGUAUGCCCAAUCAAAAGGACUUCCCGAGAUAGAAGAAGAAGAUUUAAAGAUUCUAGCUCAGGAUUUAGAAUAUAGGCUUAAGGAGUUGGCCCAAGAAGCUUCUAAGUUUAUGUUGGCCUCUAAACGUGCUAAAUUAACUAUUGAAGAUGUCAAUUAUGCCCUCUUAUCUAAGAAAAUAGACCCAUUAUUAGGAUACGAUACAAGUGAUUCAUUAGUCUUUAAAGUAAUUCCCGGGUCUAAUUUGUACUACGUACCCGAUGAAGAGGUUGAUUUAGAGACUGUAUUAAGUUCUCCUCUGCCCAAAAUACCGCAUAAACCGGUUGUUUCCAAACACUGGCUGGCCAUUGAAGGCGUCCAACCGCAAAUACCCCAGAAUCCCUUACCGGUUGAACGAAUGCCAGAAACCAAGAAAGAUGAUAGUUUAGCCGCUAUGAAAGAAGACAUUGAAAUUCGCAACCAUAUGAAGCAUCUACUCUCUAAAGAGUUACAAAUGUACUACGAAAAGAUAGCUAGAUUUGUCAAAGAUAAUGAGAGUAUUGAUAUUGCCGCUGAGUGUUUACAAAAGGAAAGUGGGAUUCAGCAGUUAAUUCCUUACUUUGUCCAUUUCUUCAAUGAAGAGAUCUUAAAGAAUCUUCGUGAUGGCCGUUAUUUGAUUGGGAUCAUUAAAGUGUACGAAGGACUAAUUAUGAACAAAAUGAUCUUUAUUGAACCUUAUAUGCACCAAAUGCUACCAUCUUUACUAACUUGUGUAGUUGGUCGUAGUAUUGGUUUGAACAAGCAAGAAGAAGAGUCCAUUCCCGCCCCAGCUGAGGAAGAGGAAGAACUAAGAUUUCCAGCUGAAAAUACUAUUGGGUUAGCCACUCGACGACGAGCCUCCCAAACCAUCAACUAUAUUUAUAGCACUUACUCUUUAUCCUAUACGACUUUAGCCCCACGGGUUCUUAAUACUCUACUAAAGACCUGGGCUGAUUUCGGCAAAACCCCCGAAUCCCAUUACGGAGCCAUCUACUGUUUAUGCAAUCUCGGUCCCAAAGUCAUCAAUGGAGUUGUUGUUCAGUUCAAAAACGAGUAUCUUGAAAAGGCCUGUCCCGAGAAGUAUGCCCUCCCCCGCCAACUUCUUAUCUACUACACCGAGAACCCCAAUGCUCUUUCUCCCUCACUUGACUAA